CCCGUACUGUUACAUUGCUUUACGUCAGCAAUGAUGUGCAGGAUUAGUGCUGACCUGGUCUGGUUGGCCUUGUCAAAAUGGAAAUGGAACGAAACGAGAUGUCUUCUCCAAAAUAAGCUACCACUAUGAAUCAGCAACCCUGUCAUGUGCAUAAGGAAAAGUACCGAUUGGACUCAGCAUUUUUUUUAUUUUCAGUUGCUUCCAUACUAAGUACCGGCGUGUUUGUUCUUUUCACAAUAUGAGAUGAAAAUAAAUGAGUGGUGCAUGUGGUUUAAAAUUGUUUAUGAUAACACCAGUUUUGGUAUCAUAUAUAUUAAAAAUAUGUACAUUCAUAUGUAUGUGUGAUUGACUUUUCUGCAUAAGAAGUGCGUAGUUUAGUAGAGCAUUGUUUUUAAUUUCUUACAUGCACAGUUUUGACAAUCCGGAGUUGGAAAUUUUUCUUCCACACCUUAAAGUGAAAGUACUCCGGACAUUUGAUUUUCUAGUGGAUAGAAUAUCACAGUUUUGAGAAAGCAUCAUCCAGUUGAAGCUGUUUUAAUUGCUAUGUCGACAGGCUUGAAAGUAUUAUUAGAUGCAGCUCAGUAUAUUGAGCAUCAAGAGAAAUUGAAAAGAUCACCAAUUGCGACUUCAACUGAUCUUGCAGAGCUUUGCUAUGUUGGUCAGUGCUCUACGGGAUUCGAUACAACGGGUGGUGUUAGCAAUAACAAUAACAACAACAACAUUAUAAACGCAAAGGGCGCACGCAACACAGCGGAUUUAGGGCAACAAGUAUCCUCCUCAGCACCAGCUGCAAGUGCCACAUUUCACCAUGUUACCAAUGGUGUCAUUAUAACCAACAACAGUUCUUUAACAGGAAGUCAAUUGGUAGUUGAAAAUAAAGCUUCUCAAACUAAGCAGAACAGCAACAGAAUCGUAAAUGAUUACGACUUCAGUAGUAGAAAUGCUAGUGGAACAAUCGCGGCAUUGAAAAGUAGUUCAAGAGCAUCGCAUUCUUCGAAAUUAUCAACGCAAACAAAUGCUGCGACAGAUGAUGGAGUUAAUGAAGCUUGCAUUUCUGAGGAUGCAUUUUCCUCAAAUUCAAAUUCGUCCUCGAAACUCAAUGCAUUAUUCUCGCCACGGCCGACUGUUCAUAGCUCUAAUGAACAGCGAGAACAGCAACUGCAAUUACUCCCACAGCCAAGACAAGAGGAGCAGAGUAUGGGGAACAGUGGUCAUCACAUUAAAUCGAAAGCAUAUAGGCUUUUAGAUAGCAGCAGUGGUGACAUUGUUGUCGUGACCGCUGCUGCUAACAAACAAAUGUUGUUGAAUGAUGGCCUGCGCGUUGCUUCGCCGGCGGCGACUAUAGGUGGUGCAUCGUCUAAGGCGAUUAGCAUACCAAAACAGCCGCAGCAGCAUCACUCGGCAGCAUCCAAAUUUUCGCUGAUCAACAGCACCUCCGCCCCACAAUCAAUACGUUAUAAGUCUUCCGAACCUCUUACCCCACCGCCCGCUCCAAGUAGAAAAGUUGAUGAAACGCACACGCGCAUACGCAGUUUCUCACUUUCCCAUAAAAUUCCAGCUAACCAACCACAUUUAAACAAUGGAGACCUUGGGGAAAUGAUUGUUGAGGAUGGAAACGCAAUGCAGGGCAUUAGUGGUGACCAAUCACCGCCGCGACACAACUCGAUCGGCAGUCAUUACUUGCAGAUGAUGUCAGCACAACACGCGGCAGUGGGCUCUCAAAUAAUGCACGUGACACCCACGAUCGGCGGCAGUGGUCGGAGACGAACUAUCAGCUCCAACAGCAAUGGGGCUGGUACACGUGAAGUUCACAAUAAAUUGGAAAAAAAUCGACGGGCACAUCUCAAGGAAUGCUACGAGCAGUUGAAAAAUCAGCUUCCUUUAAAAGAAGAUGAACGCAAGAAGACCUCGAAUUUGGCAAUACUUGGGGAAGCAAUUAAAUAUGUCAAAACCCUUAAAAAGAAAGACCAGGAACUUGAAGCAGAAGUGGAGCUUUUAGCCAAAACGAAAAUAAAUUCACAACUUAAACUUGUAUCUUUGAAGAGGGAGCUGGGUCCCAAGUAUGAGCAAAUGUUUCCAGGACCAUUUUUGGAUUUCGACAUAAACAAUUGUGAAAAAGAACACUUAAAUGAAACUGCUUCUCUUUCUUCUGGGCGUGGGAGUAUACUGUACAGUUCAUCGAGCUCGCUGUCAAGUGGGGGUAGUAAUGGCAGCACAGCCAUGUCCUCACCAGUCGGUGCCAGUAUGUCCUUGCCCACUGCUCUAUCACCUGUGAUAUCUAAAUCUUACAUAAAUAGCAACCUUUCGAGCAGUGCGAAUGGCAAUAAUAGCGCUUCCAAUGUCAGUGUGGCAUCGAAGUCUCCCGGCAUAUUUGAGCAUAAUCAGCAGCAGCCAAUUAAAUCAUCCACUUCAAUGCCUGAUAAUACUAGUCCGACGGGUGUGCUACCUGUAAAUAAAACUGUAGCUUUGGUUAACGGAUCAAUUGUGAAUGUAAGCAAUUCAGCGCUGUCGUUGACUGCCAAAAACAUUUCGGCCAUGUCACUAACGCGUGAUUCUCCAACACCAUCAACUCCAUCCCCAUCGCCGUCAUCUUCGAGUUGCAUUUCAUCGUCCUCAUCGUUGAUAUCAUCAUCACCCCCACGAGCGCUAAAUGGCAUAAUUAAUGGACGAAGCGUGACGGUCAGUAUUCCAAAUAACUCAAAAUUCGCAAGCAGCAGUGGACUUAGUACGAGCCGAGUAACAGCUACGGGUGCAGGUGCAACUAUUGGUAAUGGAACAUCGUCAGCAGCAGCUACUAUUAUAGCGACUUCUACAGUUGCUAGUAACGGCGUUACGUCUUCAAAUAACGCUAUAAUGCUCCAGGCAUUGCGAGGAUGCCACUUGGUGUGAACCAUAUCUGUUAAGUAUCCCCACGAGCGCAUCCUUGGCCGCAGUAUCAACCACAGCCACAGACGUUAUAUUCGACAUUCUCGCAAAUCUCACGGCAGAUGCUAGAAAGCCGAAAAAUAAUAAUGGGCUAAAAAAUCAGGUGAUUCAAUGAAGACCACCAUAAAAACAAAAAAUCGCAUAAAAUGAAAACUAACGGAAACGGAAAACAAAUCUAAACAUAUUAUUUCAAAUAUACAUACAUACAUUAUUUGUUUAACUACAUUAUCAAAAAAUAAAGUACAUCCAUCAUGCAGCUUAUCAUCAAGAUAUGUAAACUAUAUCAGCACUAUUUUCGCUAAGGUCUCAUAAAAGAAAAGGAGAUGAAUACAACUCUGGACUGUAAAGGAUUAAAUUCAAGUUAAGUCUCACUAGAUACAUAGAUAUGAUAUGAAAAAACAGAUAUGCUCGCGACAUCAGUAACAAUUUGCGCAAUACACAGAAGGUCUGCAGUGAAAUAUCGAUUAACGGCAGCAUAAAAGUUUUGUUCCAACAUUUAAAAAUGGAAUAUCUUCUGCGAAAUGUUUUGAAUUAUAAUUUGAAGUUUUGAGAACCGGCAAUAGAAAAAAAUUUACAUUGGACAUUUUAACGGGAAAGACUCGCUGGAUAAAAUGUGCAGUUCGGAUGAGAUGACGUUUUAAUGUAAGUGGAAAGGAUUGUUUGUAUUUAUACAAUCUACAGUAAUAUAUACAAUAUAUAUAAACAUAUGUACGGGGUCAUCGUCCAGGAAAAAGCCAACGCAUACACUUUCUCCUUUUUUGAUGUCAUGCAAGAUUUAUAUAAAAAUAUACACCUAAGAUGCAUCGACUUGUCUUGAAUACAAGUUAAAAUCACCUAUCGCAUUGGAGAGUUUAUAAAGGGAGUCUUGGUUAUGGUACACAUACUUAGUAAGUCAGCAUUCCCAAUCAUUCUAACGUCAUAAUCAUCUACAUUACCUCAGCAAGUAUUGUAUUUAAUGAGGACAGCGCUCAUCGUUUUAAGCAUAAUAAGUCACCACCGUGAGUAAGUGAUUCAGUUGUCGAUGGACACGUCGGCAGAUAGAAACGCAGUUGCAACAAGAACCACCAAUGGAUAAAAUACAAAUUUACUCUUACUUUUCUAAUAAUAUUGUCUAUGUACGUGCUUAGUACCGGCAAUAAUAAGAAAGCAGACAACUUUACUCCAUUAACAGUCCCGAGAAUAUUCAAAAUGUUAUACAAAUGAGUAUGUACAUAUGUACAUACACUUGUAUGCUACCGAAUUUUAACGAAACUUGUAAUUUGUAAUAAAAAAUCGUAAAAUAUUAAGAAGAAUACAUAUGUACGUACAAUAUAAAUAGAUUUGAAAGCAAAAUGAAGUAUAGAAUAUUGGUCCUAAAGUCCCAAACUAUUUAACAUUAGCUCUCAAGGCAAAAAUGUAUUAUAAUAACGUAACGAUUUAUUUAGGCAGGAGAGACACAUGCAUACGAGUAUAUACAUAAGUGGCAAAAUGUAAAAAUUUAUGAAAAUGAGCAACGGAACAAAUCACCACUGGUCCUCCAGGAAGGGAAUUCGAUGUAACAAAGCAUUACACGUCUUUUACACAUGCAUCUACAUAUAUAUAUGUAUUUAAAGUGUGUAAAUAAGGGUAGAGUUAAUAUUGUACUUUAGGCCAUGGAAAUUAAAUUUAAUAAAUUAUAAUAACACACUGCAUUGUCUUAGCCUUUCGAGCCAAAAUGACAGUUUUUCUUUAUAAUAAUUGUAUAUACUUGUACAAGUGUGUAUUCACAUACAUAAAUACAUGCAUACAUAUGUAUAUAGUUGUAAGCAUCUAUGGCUUGCACAUAAAAUCAUAAAUACACUACUAUUCGACCGCCUAUUAAUAACCCUGUGCAUUCGUAAGUUAUUAUCUAACCAUUUACAUAUAUGUAACCACAUAUACAGUAGCGGACGCUGGGAUCCGAACAUGCAAAAAUCCACCUGAAUCCUAUGUCGAAAAUAAUUUUAAGAAUGGCUAUAUUAGUUUGGGGAAAAGAAAUCCCAUCAUUUUCUCGGUAGAUGGCUGCAGUGUUCGACGUCUCGUAAAGUAUCGAAACAAUUUAAAGUUUAUGCUCGUUGCCAAGGUGACAAUCCACGAUAAAAAAUUAUUUUGCUGUUUUUUGUUUGUUCCAUUCAGUUGUGAGUUGCGGGGUUUCACAAUGGAAGUCCACAAAGAGAAAAUUUGUCUUUGAUAAAGGUGAAAAUGCGAAAAUGCAAGCCAGGCUGCUGAAAUUGUGAAUGGUGUUUGUGGUGUCGAUACUAUAAAAGUUAAUUACGUGCAAUUUUCGUUUCGUCGAUUCCGUUCAGACAUUUUUGAUGUUAAAGGAUUUGUCGAAAAUGUCGACAAAAUAACAGAAAUAAUCGAAGUUGACCGGCAGGUUAGUAGUCACAGCAUCGCCUAGGAGCUAAUAAUCGACCAUAAAAUAGUUUUAAACCAUUUGCACAAGGUAAAAACUAAAAAUAAUGGAUUUUCUCUCCCCCAAACUAAUAUAGACAUAUGCCUUUGCUGUUUUAAUGUAAAAUUAAAAAAAAAAUGUAGAGCGUUUUGUGGAAAAUGUAAUCUAUUUGUUAAUCAAAUUUUAAUAGCUUUCAAUUAGAGCAUAUUUAGAGUUAUAUUUUAUAACUUUAUACGAUAUUUACUUUUAUAUUUAUAAAUUAUAACAUUUAGCUCUAACUUCGCGGAGGGGGUAGUUUUCGCGGCGUAGCGUUAACAUUUUAGCUUUGCAACAUUUGCAAAUGUUUCUGGUUCGACAUUUUCCCACCGUUUUCACGACUUACCAGCCGCACACUCAAAUAAUGACAAAAAAGGAAAAAGGUACAUAUGUCAACUAAAAGCCACAAAAAGAAAAUUGUAAGCCUGCUAGAUUCCGUCAAAAAUCAACUGUAAUUGACCGCUACACAAGUGUUCGGAUUUCAGUGCACGCUACUGUACAUAUAUGAACAUAUAUACAUAUGUAUAUAUACGUACAUAUGCAUACCUAUAUACAUAUUUAUAUAUAUGUGUGUACAUGUAUAUAUUUACAUAUAUAUGUAUAUAUAACCAUAUAGUUCGUAACCAUGUUCGUCCAACACACGCGCAAAAGGGUAUAGACAUGUAAGUGAUCUACAUACAUACAUACAUACAUACAUACAUACUAUAUUAAUGUCCGCGUCAAUAAAAAUAUGUAGAUGCAACAAGUUUUUCAAGCUACAGCCCUAGGGCAAAUAAACAAAAUUGACAAAAUAA